AUGGCGUGGGUCGCUGGAUUACUGCAGUAUUUGAAACACCUGAAAGAAGAGUUUUUUUGCCAGGCUUGUGAGACGCAUUUUAAAAGCCCCAGCAACCUCCAUCGCCGUAAGAUGGUGCAUUUAGAACGAUCGAUCGAAUGCUACGGCUGCUACAGGAAGUUUACAACCUAUCCUGCAAUGAUCUUACACUUGGAGUCCGGCUCAUGUCCAUUCGAGAUCCAAAUUUUCGAUCUGAACGAGUCCGCUACCAUAUGUUCCCAGUGGAAGGCUUAUCGAGAUGAAGACUAUCGAGAUGAACUACUCAAUCGUGACGAUCAACAAUCUGAGUACAGUGAGACGGUUUAUCCAUUCAGAUGUCCCGGGUGCGACAUAGGCUUCACAAGGAUAUCGGGUCUAUUCCAAAACGUGUUUAGCAAAGCAUGCAACCAGGUCUUGUACGCAGGAAAGAUAGGCAAGUUGAUCAAGUGGCUGGAAAAUCGUCAUAACCUUGAUGGAGAGUAA